AAAUAAUGGAUGCUAAAAGUUCUGAAUAGAAUCCUGAUUAAAAGGAUGCAAUAAAUAAUUCAAGUAUUUCAAAAUAAAGCAUGGUAUAAGGAUAUAAGCUUUAUAAAAAGAGAUUUAUGAUUUUAUUUUUCUUCACAAUGGCUGAAUUAUGUAAUACAGCAGUGUAUGCUACUUGUAAUCCAAUAGCAGUUGAAGUAAAAUAAUUAAAAUAGAAUAAAGCUUAGCAACAUAUAUAAUGAAAGUACAUCUGUAGUUACACUAUCUGCAACUUUAUAUUUAUUUAUGCAUCCAUUGUUUACGUUUCCAGCUAGUUAUUUAAUAAUGUAUAAGGGGAGUAGUAUGUCAGUGAAAAUAGGAUCUAUAUUAACUUUGUUAGGUGUAUUUUUAAGAUGCUUAGUUAGAUAAUCGUAACAAUGUUAUCAUAAUACUAGAUUCAUUUAUGUUUUAAUUGGUUAAACAUUAUGUGGAAUAGGUAGACCAUUAAUUUUGAAUGCUUAAGCUUCAGUUGCAGUUGAAUGGUUUCCAACUAGUUAGAGAACUAAAUUGAUGACUAUGUUGAAUUUUAUAGUGACAUUUAGUGGAAUCUUGGGAUAUAUAAUUCCACCAAUAUUUUUUGCUGGAGUUACCAUUGAUGAACAUUCCCCAUAAGAUGUAUUAGAUACAGGAGAUUCAAGAUUUAUGUAUUUACUAUUUUCAGAAGCAGUAUUUUCUGCACUAUUUUUAAUUCCACUUUUAAUCUUUUUUGAAACUAAACCAAAAAGUCCACCAUCUGCUGCUGCUAAAGGAUCUACUAAAGUAAUUUCAUUUACUGAUAGUAUUUGCUAAAUGUUAAAAGACAUUAAAUUUGUAAUUCAAAUAAUUCUACAUUUUAGAUUUAGAUAUUUAUAUCAUUUACUUUAUUUUAUGGCUCAUAUAAAGGCUAUGGAGUAGCUUUAGUAUACAUUUUAAAACCUUAUGGAUAUGGUAAAUCUGAUAUUGCCAUUUUAUCAGUUAUGCCUGUAAUUGGAGGUUUUCUUAGUUCCUUAAUUAUUCCAACUAUUUAUAAGAGUUGGGGAAAAUACAAACCAAUUAUUAUUAUUCUAGAAUUUAGCACUAUUUUUACUUUCUAUGGAUUUCUUUGGGGAUGUUAUUUAUAAAACUAUGUAGUUAUGCUUGCAAUGGCUACUUUAUAAGGAUUUUUCAUUUUACCUGCAAUUCCAUUAUUAUUAGAAUGGGGUUGUGAAUAAAUAUAUCCAUUAAAUGAUUCCUUCUGUAUUGGAUUAUAAUAUUCUGGUGCUACUAUGGGUAGUUCAUUUAUUGCUUAAAUUGUUAGUAUGGUUAUUCAUGGUAAAGAUGCUUCUAAGUAUUAUUAUAUAUAUUUAUUUUAUAGACUUGAUGGAUUUAUUGGAAUUACAAUAAUAUGUUCUUUAUAUGCUUUAGCUAUUUUAAGCAUUGCAUUUCUUAAAGAAGUUAAACAUAAAUUAGCACUCAAAAAAUCAUUUGUUAAUCCUUCUGAUGAAAUGGAAAAACCAUUUCCACAUCCAUAUACUGAAGUAAAUCCUGAAGAUUUAGGUCUUUUUGAUCCAGAUAAAGUCUAAGAUGAAGAUGAUGAUACAGGAGGAGAUGAUAAUUUAAUAGAUAAUGAUAAUCAUAAUCAAUAAUAAUAAUAAUAACGAGAAAAUUCAUAUGGAGCAGCACCUGCUCUAAAUGAUGAUUGA